CGGCAUCAUGGCCUCUUGGAACCGCUGCGGGAGUCGGAUGAGAGAGGCGACAAUGUUCAUGUUGGUGUUGCUGGUGUGGCUGCUGCCGGUGCUGGAGGCGGUGAAGGUGUCUCCUCUCAUAGAGAAGGUCAGCGACCACAAAGACUUCAAGAAGCUCCUCAGGACGAGAACCAACGUUCUGGUACUCUACACAAAGACAGCUACAUCAGGGGACUCCCACCUGAAACUGCUGUCAGAUGUGGCCCAGACGGUAAAAGGCCAAGGGACCAUUGCCUGGGUCAACUGUGGAGAUUCAGAGGGUCGAAAGCUCUGUAAGAAAGUGAAGGUGGACCCGAGCUCCAAACGCGGAGGAGCAGAGCUGCUGCAUUACAAAGAUGGGACGUUUCACACAGAGUACAACAGGCCCACGACCUUCAAGUCCAUGGUAGCGUUCUUGAAAGACCCAUCAGGACCCCCACUGUGGGAGGAGAACCCUGAGGCAAAAGAUGUUGUCCACAUAGAGACAGAAAAAGACUUCAGGAAGCUGCUGAAGAAAGAGGAGAGGCCGAUCCUCAUGAUGUUCUAUGCUCCCUGGUGCGGCGUCUGUAAGAGAAUGCAGCCCAUCUUUCAGCAAGCGGCCACAGAGACAAAAGGAAAAUACGUACUGGCAGGGAUGAAUGUGCACCCGGCCGAGUUUGAUAGCCUCAAGCAGGAGUACAACGUCAAAGGCUACCCAACCUUCUGCUAUUUUGAGAAGGGAAAGUUCCUUCACCACUAUGAAAACUAUGGAGCUACAUCCAAGGAUAUCGCUGACUGGAUGAAGAAUCCUCAGCCCCCCCAGCCGAAGACCCCUGAGGUGCCCUGGUCAGAGACAGACUCCCCGGUCUUCCACCUCACCGACGACUCCUUUGACAGCUUCCUGGAGGAACAUCCUGCAGUCCUGGUCAUGUUUUACGCCCCUUGGUGUGGCCACUGCAAGAAGAUGAAGCCAGAGUAUGAUGAAGCUGCAGAAAUACUCAACAAGGGCGCAGAUAGUCCGGGUGUGUUGGCAGCAGUCGAUGCCACAGUGCACAAGGCUGUGGGGGAUCGCUUCAAGAUCUCUGGCUUCCCAACUGUUAAGUAUUUUGAGAAAGGUGAGGAGAAGUACAUGCUGCCACAGCUCCGAAGCAAAGACAAGAUCAUCGAGUUCAUGCACAAUCCCCAGGCACCUCCUCCACCAGAGCAGUCUUGGGAAGACAAGCCCUCCAGCGUCAGCCAUCUUGGAUCAGAGGAUUUCCGAGAGGCGCUGAAGAAGAAAAAACAUGCUCUGGUCAUGUUUUACGCUCCCUGGUGUCCGCAUUGUAAAAACGCUGUCCCCCACUUCACCACAGCAGCGGAGCUCUUCAAAGAGGACCGCAAGAUUGUGUACGCAGCUGUGGACUGUACAAAAGCACAGAACCAUGAGCUGUGUAAGCAGGAAGGGGUGGAGGGCUACCCAACAUUCAACUACUACAACUAUGGCAAGUUUGUGGAAAAAUACAACGGAGAUCGUGGGGAGACAGGCUUCACUGGUUUCAUGCGUAACCUAAGAGGACGUGACCAGGAAAAGGUUGUCAAGAGGAAGGAGGAGCUUUGAGGGUGGUGUGCAGGGAGGGGGCGUUGCACUGCACAGUUUGUCAUUGCACUGUGACCCUUGACCCUGGCAAGGGCCCUAUCCGCACUGACGUGGGAGACUUGAUGACCUCAGCGAAAGGCUAUUUUUUUAUACCGUGGUGAUCACGUUUGUAAUAAUACCAACAGAGUACCUACAGUCAGACCGACCACUUGAGACUUCUUCUUUUCAUGGAUAUUGUGAUGGGCAGAAAUUACACAGACAAAAAAAAAGAUUUCUUUCUUUCUUUCUUUCUUUUUUUUUUUUUUUUCGCCCAAACACUGUGACUGCAUAUGUGAAAAGCUACACCCUAUACAGUAUCUAUGCAAUACUGACCCCUGCUUAGCCCUGUGGGGGUCUGUGUGACUGACUGAAUGACACCCAUGGUGGUGGGUGGUGGUGGGCAUCAUUAGUUAAAGAUGGAGGCUACACUGUCCAUUACUCCACAGGGGUCCUAAUCUAAUCGCAUCAACCCUGCUUCGUCUCUAGAAGAGACACAUGCUGAUUAUUGACAUACACCUGUUCCAAUAUUUUUGUACAGAAUCUUCAUGUGUUAAGUUCACAACCAUCCAGAAUAUUGCUUUGUUAUCCUCACAGAUCAUUUGGACAGUAACUGCAUUUAACACUAACAUCUAAAACAGCCCAGAGCUGUGAAAAGUGCUACUGUAGGUAAUCAUGAACUGUAGCAGUGUGAGGUAGAUAAAAAAAUCAUGGCCAAAGGGUCAAUAUUCUGUAUGGUUCCAAGCUUUCUGGACUAGUUUUGCUUUUAGAAAGAACUUAUACAUUUUUGUUUCCUCAAAUCAGUGGCCUUACAAAUAUAAAAAUAAAAAAAAAUUGCUGGAAUUGCAGAAAUAUGAAAUGAUAAGUGCAAGGGAAUCAGAGGCCUGAUGCCCUUGGAAUUCCCCCAAGUAAGUCAUCGACCAGAGCACGUCAAAGGAGAAGAAAAAAAUAAAGAACAACAUGAAAUGCCAAAUAUUACUGCGCAUUGCCCUUGAUAUUUUUAUGCUUUGUACAUUUCCAAAUAUUAACAGCAUUCACAGCUGUAGUGACAUUUCACCUCUUGUACCACCUUUGUUGUUCACUCAGAAUGGGAUUUCAUCAAUUUUAUAACAAGGGUACAGCUCAUUUACAUAAGCAUGGGAGAUGCUCACGUAUAUUGCAUGUUGAUCAUAAAUUGUCCAAAACAUGAAUCUGCUCUCUGUCCUCUAAAGUAAUCAUGGAUUCCACCCAAUAUCGUACAGUUUCCUCUGCAUUCUCACAUUUUUCAGGGAGACGCUUGAAUAAUUCAAACCUCUGGUUUACACUUUGGGUAUUCAGGGUUUUUUGUUUAAGUUUACCCAGUUUGUUUUAUGCCCACACGGUUCUACCACUUUCUGCUGAACUGAACCACACCAAAGAGCCAAGAGCAAAGUGACAGCACUCAGGCCAGUUUUGCACCAAUCUGCAUCUGCCUGCCAUGCCUUGGCCUCGCUCAGCUUCAGUUAGCUUGGACAGUGCUCUCCCAUGCCUUCCAUCAUAUGCAGCGGGAUGACUUCACAGUACAUCUGAGGAUUAAUUAAGUAUUAAAUGAGUGAACUCUCCAGACCCCAUUCCCGCUUCUCCCAGCAUAACAUCAUCAUCGACUCGGAGCCAUCAUUAUUACCUCUGUGGCGAUUUUUUUUAAUGUUGUGUGUUUUCAGAUCCCACGCUUCGGCCGCUAUAAAUAUUUAAGAGCUUAUCUGUAGCUGAACUUGUGUUUUAUUAUUCAAGACUUUGGUUUCUUUCAUUAUGAAUACGGUUCUCAGGGAUAGCGAAACACAAUUAAAGGGAACUAGUUUAUUUGUAAUUUUGCAUUCCAGCUGAAUAAUUUUGAGCCCUUAGGCCACCAAAUUAAAUGUUGUUUGUAUCCCGAGAAAAAAAAAUAUUGAAAUGUCCUUUUUCUGUGCUAUAUCAGAAUAUCAUGUAUUGAAUAAGACAUAUUGUCAGUAGAUGUUACUGAAUCAUUUCUUGUCAGACACAUAACAUUGUGAUUCAUAAUGGGCUAAUUUCCAAGUGAAACUGUCUCAAAUGUUCUGGCUGGCACUAAACACUUUUUUGUGUUCAUUGUUCAGUGUGAUUCUUAACAUUUCAUCAUAUGCAGGAGCAUUUUGAAAGAGUUCUUUAUACAGUUAGGUGUUAUAUAUCGCUGUAACUAGGUGUUCAUUCUCCUCCAAAGGGGAAAGUUUGAUUACUUUGUCCUUUCGUUUUCUUUAGAAACCUCCACAGUGACAUCGCAGGUUUGUUGAAUAAUAGAGAGAGCACCUCUGUCUUAUCCCAAAGGUAUCCAUGUUGUGUGGGAAUUUGUCACACUUAUGCCAAGAAGUCAUUGUUGCCUUUGUUUAUUUUUCUGUGCCCAGUACAGUUUUGCCCCAUGCAGUAAGGACCUUGCGAGAUAAUAAUAAUAAUAAAGUCAAACAUUUCCAGAACAUUUUUCACUUGUUUUUAUACAUUGUUCACAUCUCUGCUCUGUUUGCUCUGUUAUUUUGCAGCCAAGUGUUGUUUUUUUUUUUUGUUUUUUUUUUUUUUUUUUUUUAUUGAGUAAUUGUUGGGGAUGUGACUCUAGGGAUGUCAGUGUUGGUAAUGAAAUUUGGUAGAUAUAUUCAUGUCCCCUGCAGGAUGAUUUGGAGUAACUUGGUGAUCCUCUGACUUGUCACUUUGUGCCACCAUCAGCUCAAAUUUUUAAAUUGUCUCAUACUUUGGUUUAUGACCAAUUACCUGUAAAAGUAAAAGUAAAAUGACAUUUCCAUGAGCCUUUGCUUUGUGUUUCAUGCUAAUGAAAUGUUAGCACGCCUACAUAAAAAACAAGGAUGGUCAAUGUGGUAAACAUUACCUGUUAAAUAUAUAAUUGUUAGCUAGUGACAGUGUUUUUAUUUAUUUGGGAAAUGGAUGGAAGGCACAAGACACAAACA